AUGCCUGAACUCAUUCGCGGCAGCCUGUCGUUCGACGACCCAAGUCAGCCCAGACUGCAUGCACCGACAUCCUCAAGUCCUGAUCGAGGCGCUGUCUCUCCUGACUCUGCCACAUCACCCAGUAGCGUUGGUCAUCUUGCCCUUGGAUCUGCCCGCCCUCAUGUCGACCACCACCGACAUAGUUCCUCAUUCUGGCCUGAAGGGCGCGAUCGAAUGCGCCACGCCGAAGCAGAAGUCUAUUAUGACAGUCGCGCUGCCACGAAAAAGGAGUUUCAUCGGAGAGCUAGUAACUUACAACAAUACUACAAGGAGAAUCCAAAGUUGCUUCCACAGUUACCGUUCACAUGGCAUCAUGGUGUGCGGCGUUUCAGGCUCGGUGCACUCAUCGUCCUAAUGUGGAUUGAUGCAUGUGUCGUGCCUAUUGCCCUUUACUACGGACUUUAUUAUGGCGGCCACGUCCCAAACUGGAUCACCUUUGCCGUCGUCACAACAAUUUGGGGAGGUCCCACAUAUCUCGAGUUUGCCAUCCGCACGUUGAGGCUUAUCAAGAAGGAACGCUUUUACCGGCCGCUAGGGACAAACAGUCGUUGGUGCUUCGAUGUGGUCACAUGGACGUCGGUGGUCUCUAUAACAGCGGCCACGGCACUGUUCAUCGUCGGAAGCGCUCCGCACAUCGUCUGGCUAAGGGUUCUCUGCAUGCCUGCGCCGUCCUUGUUAUACUCACUAGGUGGCAUUAUGGGACUGCUCACGUUUUAUCAUAUGCGUGGUUGGAAAGCGCCAUUCCGCCUCAGUUCUACAGGCAAGGGGGAGACGGUCAAGCCUGGUGUGUACUACUUCAUUGAAGAUGUCGUAGCAGUCAACGCCAGUGCUGGAAGACCGUACCGGGAAGCACUUGCCGCUCGUUACGGCGCAAGUCCACGAUUCCGACAAAUGAUAUAUAACCUGUCACUCUUCUGGUCCAUCCCGGCUCUAAUCAUUGCUAUACCGCUCACAGUCAUUGCUGUGAUACACUCUGUUCCUGCAACAGUGGCCUACGGCAUCUGCUGGGCUGUGCCAUUUAUCUGGGCUACUAUUUGGGCAUUCAUCAGCGUACGCUGGGUCCGAAGGGACAUGCGCAGAGAAAGAGAGGAGUGGGAAACCGACAAAGGUUUCGUGAUCCCCGAUACCAAAAAGGAUCAGAAACCCCACCAUCCUGACGCCGGAGCACACCAGCAAUGUUAA